AUGUUAGCUGUCAAAGAACUUUUUGUCGGUGGCUAUAGUGACUACUUAGACAUGCCAAGAAGAAAUGUCUCAGAUUUUGGCUUCACUGGUUGUAUAAAGAAUCUUCAGUUUAAUGCUGACACAUCAGGAUUUGCAAAUAGUAUUUUAGCCCACAAAGUUAUUCCAGGCUGCCCAGAAUUGAUUGCACGGUCAGUGAAUUUCCCACCACCUGCAAACAACUAUAUAUCCAAAAUGAUCACAACUGAUCCAAUCCGAUUCCAUGUCACAAUGAAAAUCAGGACAGAAAGAACAGAAGGCUUGUUAUUGUAUGCAUUCUCUCCAAGUGAUGAUAGAAAAUUCUUUUCAUUCUUCCUGGAUGAUGGCAAAAUCAAGGUUGUGAGCACUCAAGGGACACAACUCUACAGCAAACUAAGCAAUUACAAUGAUGCUAAUUGGCAUUACAUUUCAGUAGUGAAUGCCGGUCAAGAGUUGACUUUGAACAUCAAUGAUGAAGAUAUGACAGUCACUUCAUCUGCUAUCCAACUAAAUCCAGAUGUUCAACUUUACUUUGGUGGUUUCAGCAGAGAUGUCAACCUGCCAGAUUCAGUGACAAAGAGUCAGUUCCACGGCUGCAUUGAAGAUGUCACAAUUAAUGGAAAGUUCUUCAACUUUGCCAUGGCCAAAGCAUCUUCAGGAGUAAGAUUAAAUCUUUGCCCUCUUGACAUAUCAACAACAUUCCCAUCUACAUCUGUCCUCCCAGCAACACCACCCCCAACAUUACCCCCAGGUCAGUGUGCACUACCUUUACAACCAGCAGAAGCUGAUCCUUCCACAGCGACAGGGUACAGAUUUGGGACAACGUCUAACACAAGUCGAUGGGAGAUUAAUAAACUUAAUGGUAAUGAAGGAAGGAAUAAGUUGUCAAUUGAUUUCCAGACAAAAACUCCUGAUGGUAUUUUGAUGUAUGUUGCCGACAAGUCGCACAAUGAUUUCAUGAGUAUUUUCCUAAAGAAUGGUUAUCUGCACUUCCAUUUCAAUUGUGGCAGUGGAACAGCAUCACUUAUCACACCAAAGACUUACAAUGAUGGCAAGUGGCACAAGGUCCAAAUUUCUCGCCAAGCCAAAAAGGGAACAAUGGGUGUUGAUAAUACCAAAGUUCUGAGAACUUCAUCUACAGGUUCUUCAUCAUCUUUAGACAUCAUCAAGCCAUACUAUUUUGGCGGUCUCAGUGCUGCACAACGAAUUAAAGCCAAAAAGAACUUAAAUGGUAUAAACAUGCAGUAUGUGGGUUGCAUGAGGAACAUUGAAAUUCAAAAGAAACCAGUGGCUGAUGAUGCCGGUGAAAUGUUUGAAGUGGAGCCCUGUUCCAGUCUGGCUGAAUUUGGAACAUUCUUUGGCCAAGGAGGAGGAUAUAUUCAACUUUACAAAAAAUUCCACAUUGGCACAGACCUGGAAUUAUCACUAGAUGUUAAGCCUCGUUCCAUGUCGGGUGUCUUGCUAUCCGUUUACAGCAGGGAUUUCUUACUCUUGGAGUUGGUUGACGGAGAGGUUCAAGUAACAUUCGAUAAUGGCGCAGGGGCUUUCACAUCAAAGAGUCAACCUCAGUUCAACAAUGAAAUUUGUAAUGGAAGGUGGCAUAAAAUUAAAGUGGUGAAAGCCAAACAUGUUGCUUACUUAAUUGUUGAUGGCAUCAAAUCAGUUUUAGCCACAGGUAAAGCUGGUGCCUCAUCUGCAGAUACAAAACAUCCUCUCUACAUUGGAGGAAUUCCAGAAGAGGGUAAGCACAAGGCAGUGAAGAGCAGUGUUCCCUAUGUCGGCUGCAUUCGAAAUGUGAAGAUAAAAGAAGAAUCAGUGUCUUUGGUUGGAAAAAUGUCAUCAGGAAACGUCAGAUUUGGAUCAUGCUCCACAAUCUGA